CCACAGCCUCCUUGGGCAACCUGUGCCAGUGCAUCACCACCCUCUGGCUGAAAAACUUCCUCCUCAUAUCCAACCUCAACCUCCCCUGUCCCAGUUUAAAACCAUUCCCCUUAUCCUAUCACUAUCCAUCCUCUUAAGCAGCCGUUCCCCCUCCUGUUUACACGCUCCCUCCUACUCCAGCCUGACCCAUCCCAACUCCCCAUAGCACCGCGCUGCACUCCCGCACAUCCCCGUCACCCCGACGUAGGGAGGAGCCCGACAGCGCCGUUAUUGCUCAGGACGUGCAGAAAUAACAGCAGAUAAAACUUGCUGCGCUCUGCUCCUUCCGCGAUACUCCGAGCUACGCCGGCUCAGCGACCUCCCCCGGGGCAGCUCUGCUCACCGCCCCAAGCCCGGGCACGCUGCCCUCCGUCCCCCGGCCCCGCCCCGUGCGGGAGGUAGGCAGUGCCCGGAGCGGCAGCGGGUCCAGGCGGGCCUCCGGAGCUUCCCGAGCCGCGUGUGCCGCCCCGCCGCCAUGGAGGCGUUGGCUCGGGGGCGGCGGGGGCUGCGGGAGCCGGAGCCGGGAGAACCGGAGCGUAAGCGAGUGUGCAAGCCCUUAGAAGCCAUUCCAAAUGAAGUUGAUGCUCGCCUCAUUGACUGUGCUAUGGAGCUGGAUUCUAAACAGAAAGUCUCCUCUGGCUGUGGUCCUUGGGCCACAAAGACAAAGCAAAACUCUAUGAUUUUUGAAAACCAAGGAAGCAGAGGUACUGCCCAGCCUUGCCCAAGAUGUAUUGCUGGAGAAUCUGGACACUUCAGUCACAUCCUGGGCUGCUAGAGAUGGACAGACAGGAGAUAAGCAGCGCUGCUUCCCCUGCUGGGGUCUGGAAAUGCACCUGUGAGCAGCGUACAGCUGGAGUACGUUCACUCGUGGCAGAUGUUCAGCAUGCUGCUCUGUGUGUCACUCCUCCAUCACGCCGUUUGAUGCCACCGUUUUUACACUUGAAAAAAUGCUUUUGUACUUAAGGUAUCUCAUAUGUAUGAAAAAAUAGGUUUCUCAUUUAACUUUUUGGAGCAGUUAAGCUGAUUCGGCCUUUGGCCCAGUCUUCACCUGGCCCUGGACCAAAGGCUGUGCUGAUACAGGGUAUUUCACUGUCUCACUUAGGCACUUUCUCUGAUGCUCAUGAAGGUUGUCGUUGUGUUCACAUUGGUAGUGGGCCUGCACUUCUGCCUCAAUUGUAAUAGAAGCGGGCAGAAAGGGAGGACUCUUCAGUUCUAAUAGAGAGCUGAUCAGCUUGACAGCUAUGCAAAGGCCAGUAAAAACCCUACUGAAACUUAUUUUGUUCUAAAAUCCAGAAUAUGCAUCCAUUUCAGGUAUCUUUCCUACAUGCCAAACUCUUACUUGAUUUACAAUAAGCACAGUUUGUGAAUGUGACAGAUAACUACUUGAAAGAAAAAAAUCAGUGUUAUUUGAACAACAUUAUGAUGCAAAAGCGAGUGGUGCUUCAGAUCUACACAGUCCUCUCAAAUUGCUGAAGAUACCAUCUGAUGCUCUGGGAUUCCUUCUUUCCAACUGUUGUGAUACUAGAACAAGUCUGUUUCAGCUUCUUACCCAACUUGAUCUUAUUGGCUUGCCACAAAUAAUUUAAUCAACAUUUGGGCAGUCUGCAAUGCUAUGUAAUUUUUAAACACCUGCAGGUUUUAAACUCUGAAGGUAUCCAAGUUGUGUUAUUUGGAUGUGACACUUCAGUGGCUGCUCUGGAAUGGAACUGGCUGCUGUUCAGAACAGAAUAGCAGCAUGCUUACCCUCUGCAUUAGAUGGAAAUUUCUGCCAAAGCUCAGGAAGAAAGCAAUCUCCACUGUCAGGAGAAGUGUCCCCUGUUCCCGUGAAGCCUUUGGGCAGGGUUCAUCCCACCAGCAGCAAGGCAGGCAGAACAGCUUCCAGCCUCUCCUGUUCUGAGGGCAGUACUCAGUAUAGAAUCUGAAGUAGCAAAAGUCUACUAACUGGUCUUUAAAGAUCACUAUCCCAGUGGUGUUUAUCACAAUGUAAAAUUCUUAGAGAAGUCUUAUCGCAGUCCUAGAACACUUCCCAUACUGUGUGUGGAGCUGUAGCUGUAGUGUGAGCACUGAGUUGGCUUUUAUUAACAAGAUUCUCUUCCCACGUAGAUGAAUAUCAUAUAAUUACUGAAUUUGGUUAAGCAACAGGUGGGGAGAUAAGUUUAUUAAGUAGAGCUGCACUAAACUGACACCCAGAAAGGUUAGUUAGGAAAGAAUAGAUAUCCUCCAAUCCCAUACAAACUUUACAUCCCUUGGAAAUGGAUCAUUGCAAAGUGGGAUUGGGCUGGAUGAUCUCCAGAGGUUCCCCUGACCCCUGUGAUUCUGUAGUUGUAUAAUCAAUGGAUAUUAAGAUGUAUAAUCAAUGGACACUAAGAUGUUAUAAUCACAAAAAGAACAAGAGAGUUAGGCAAAGUAGACUAAGACAAUAGGAGAGAAUAAAUGGAAGGCUUACCCAUACGCUAGGCUCACCUAUAGAAAGCACCAGAAGAGGGGAUCUCCAGCAGAGAUCCUUCCCCACUGGUAGCCAGCUCUUCAAUAGGUCUAGGAGGGGUGGAGCCUGGCUUCCGGCAGCACAGCUGAAUUGCCUUCACUUGUACUCCUCUGGCUGGCUCAUGGCUCGCCUCAGGUGAUCAAUCAGAGGUUCAGGCUGUGACUCAGCAGUUCCCAUGUAGUUCUGCCAGUUGUUUCAAACACCCCCCAGCUUCCUGCAAUGACAGAGGCAGUACAGUCUGCUCAGAGAUCACAUUACUGAGAAUCACAAUGGUUGUGUUACCUUGAAGGUUAUAAACUCAUCUUGAGCUCUCCAGCUCCCAGUGCUGGUUGAUACAAGCAAUAGUAUCUAUCCAAGCUGGAAAGGAACAUAUGCUCAGUUGAAAUGAUAGUAGUGCAUGAGCAAAUUCCCAAUAUCCUGAUAAUAGAGUUUAUCAACUAAUGCAAAACAGUGAAGCAAAAUGGUUUCUAAACACAUUGUUUGCUCUGCAACUGCGUAUUUGUUACUGGGUAGCUAGGCUGUAUUUUGUGGGCAGUUCAUUUUUACAAGAUUUUCCAAUUGUUUUUCAGCCAUGUCAGCCAAGAGAAACGAUGGCUGAGCUUCGGUUUCUGUGCUGUAAAAACUGAGAUAGUUACUUUGAGUGUAGAAGGCUGAAAGGUAUCUAAAAGUUUAGUCACUGCAAAAUGACUCAGAACCUGCUGGGUGUCAAUGCUGGAAAGCAGCUGUUAGCAGAACAGUAUGCAGUCAAAGUUUAAGGUGUCUUAAGAAGAGAAAUGGCACUUGGACUUGUUCACAAAGUUUUCUGCUAGAAUAUAUUGCACCAGAGAAGCACCAUAUUGCUUUUAAUGCACAGGCAAUACACUAUGAACCGUCAGACUCAGAGGAUGAUUUUCCAUUUAAAUAGAUAGCAGUGCAUAGAUUUCUUCUGUUAGCUAAAAACCUGACUGUAUUUUAGUCAACAGAAUACAGUCAGAAUGAGAACUCUUCACAAUCCUUGUAGCUCCCAUCACGCUCUUUCCAAUCCUUCUCCUUUCAGAGUAACCAUUACUUGGCUUUUGUAAGGUGCCACCAUACAUAGCUCACAGGAUUGCUCAUAGUUCCUCCUGGCUGCAUUACAGAGCCCCGAUGAAGUCAUACUCUGUUCGAUUUUAAUGUAAUUUUCUCGUAUCAGUCUUCUCAUCAUUACUGUGCACUGUGCAGGUAUUUUAUGGCACUGUCCACGGUGACUCUCAGCUCUGUCCUUGCAGAUUACUGCAUCUCUACAGCUCAAGAAAGCAGGAGAACGUUGUGCUAUUUUUAACCUGCAGUGUGGACAUGGGUACCAUGUAAUUGAUCAGUAGUUCUGUUACUCGUGUGUAUACUUCAAAUAUCUAAAUGCUAUAGAAACAGGAGUAGAAUUGUCCCAGGUUGGAUCUUUGUUCAACUACAGCCUUUUGCAUUCCUCAGGAACGCGAUGCAGGGUAUGUCAGAGCAGUUCUAUGGCCAUAAGAGGGCUGGAUGGGCUGGGAGCAGCCGGCAUCUGUGUGCCCAACAGUAGGUGGGGAAAGGCUGAGAAAAGGACUGGCAUUGAAUGGGAACACUUCUUACAACAGGUUUUUGAUAACCUGUUUUGUUCUGGGAAACCCUUUUUGAUCUCACAGCUCAGUCUCGAACAUCACAGAUCACAAUUACUGACACACUGAUGGUUUCCAGCAGUACUUCUGCCGUCGUAUUUGUUAAUACAAAAGCAUAUUGGGCAUCAGGAGAGCGUCAUACCUGAGUUUUCUUCUUAAGUAAACGUUGGCAUCAUCACUGUUUGAGAAGCAUUUCCAGUGUGACUGCAGUUCAGACGUGCGUUUGCUCCUGCUUGAUUAGCAGAGACUCUGUCUAGUUUUGAUAGCAGCUCCCUCCUUUUUGGUAGUCCUUGAGUUGGCCUGGAGUUAAAACAUAAACCAACAAGAAACCUCCUCCUGCACAAACUUCACAGUGAAUCCUUAGGAAGGAUGUGACUGCUUGCCCCAUGCCUCUUAAUGGGCUAGAUGCAUUUAUACAUCAGCCAGGACACAAAUGAGUUGCAGCUGAAAUAGUUCAGCACAGUGGAGACUUGCUGUUUGAUUCAAUAGAUGUGCUGUAUCUGUAAUCUGCCUCAAGAUUUGCUCAGCCAGAAUCACAGUGCUGCAGCAGGUGCAGCUGAGGGCCGUGCAGCUGGGGAUGGUGGAUGUUCCUUUAUAGCAGAUGGGUGUCAGACCUGCAGCAGAACCUCAGCACUAUUUUUGUAGGACUUUUCUUCACCUUGUACAACUAUGCCAUUUUGGUUGACUGAUAAAUACGAUUCUUUAUCUUUCUUAAUGCUGUGGUUUGUACACAAAAUAACCUAAAAUAUACUUUAUUUAGGUGUAUAUAGUAAAGCAUACAAUCAGUUUUUAAUUCAAAUGAAAAUGAUAUAGUAUUUUUAACUUUGUAUUUUAUAAGUUGUUGCAAAAGCAGAAGCAUUAAACCCACCUUUGGCUACAGUACAAACUGUCUGGUUUUGUUCUGCCGUUGAUAAUUGAGCUGUGUUCUGCAGGCACUGAGGCACGAAGGUAAAUAAAAGGGUUUGGGGUUUAUAUACUACGUAGCUUCAUUUGUACAACGUAGCCCACCCGGUUCUUCCCCUCACUGCCCAAAAACAUGAAUGAUACACAGAAACUCUGAAACAACGUAAUUCCUCUCUGCAGCUUCAGUGUAAUGGAGAGUUAAACAUUCCCAUUUCUCAACUCGUCUCCACCUGCCUUUCCAGAGUUUGCUUUUCCUCACCUAAUUGGAGCACCUUAGCAUCAGACCUGCGUUCCUGCAGCUCUAGGUAGAAAUGGAGGUGUCACGCUGCCUUGCGAAUCUAAGCUCUGCCCUCCUUGGAUCUCACUGCUUUAUGUAGAUUAUCACUCUGCUCCAUAGCUGCGUGGUUCCAAAGCAAAUCCCUCAGCCACUGCUGCACGCCGGGCACCGCUGCAGCUCUGAGAGCCUCCAGCCCAAUCCCACAGUCCCACAGCCCACGUCCCUCAGCGCCACAUCCCUGCAGCUCUGAACACCUCCAUGGAUGAGGACUGCCCACCCCUGGGCAGCUGUGCCAGUGCCUGGCCGCUCUCUGGAGCAGACAUUGCUGUGAUACCAACCUGACCCUCCCUGGCUUCAGUUUGGAGACUGCCCAAAGUGUAACCAUGGCCACACGGCACAGCCCAACACCCCUGGGAAGGUAACAGCUGUGCCCAGGAGCUCUGACACUGUAAGAAAGGGGAGGACAGUGCAGAACUCCUUUGCUUUUUUGUCUAAUUUUGUCACCAAUGCCUACAUGCAUUGAGAGGAAAACGGCUUCAGCAGCCUGGAGAAGAACACGAUUUGGCUGUAGAUACAUUUUGUAUAAAGAUAAGCAGAUGGAACAUUUAAGAUGAGAGAAUUAAGCCUCGUAAGAAAGUGCAAGAGCAAAUGUGAAGUU